CUCUUUUCACUUUUCUAUUCGUUAUUCCUAGGAUCGUCGUCAAUUAUUGCUGAUAAUAUGUUUCAGAAUUUCACAACAUGCAGGGUAAAUUUGUGGCGAAUAGUGCAAUUGACUUACACAACAAAAUUGAAAAUUUAUCAUCAAAACACAUCAAUAGCAAGAUGUACAUCACCCUAUGUAAUUCCAAAUCAUAUUACAUACAGUCAAAAUCAACCAUGUCGAUUUUAUUCAAGUCGUGCAGGUUUUAUAACAAAAUUCAUAGACAAUAUCAAGCAAGAAAUGCAGAAAAACAAAGAAAUGAAAGAGUCCUUGAAAAAAUUCAGAGAAGAAGCUGAAAAACUGGAACAAUCGGAUGCCUUAAAAUCUGCCAGACAGAAAUUUCAGACAGUUGAGUCAGAAGCUAGUAAAAGUUCAGAAAUUUUGAAAGAAAAAUUAGAAGGUUUAAGAGAAAAGGUUCAAGAAGUUGUAGAAGAAGCAAGUAAAACUGAAAUAGGAAAGAAAGCUGGCCAAUUAGGAGAAACAAUUUCUAAAUCAGCUAAAGAGGCAGCAGACACUAUUUCAGAAAAAGGACAAGCAUUAGGCAAAACUGGAGCUUUUCAAACAAUAUCUCAAACUGCUGAGGCAGUACGACAAGAACUUGAUCAUCAUGGAAUUCAAGGUCGGGUGUAUAGUGCUCCGAAAAAAUUGAGAAAAAGAAAAGAAAUUAUUGAUACUAGUGAAGAUAAGCCUGUUGAUCCUAAUUUUGAAGCUACAGGUGUUGAAUUGCACAGAGAUUCUAAAUUUUAUCAAUCAUGGCAAAAUUUCAAGGAUAAAAAUCCUUAUGUAAAUAAAGUACUUGACUGGAAAAUUAAAUAUGAAGAGUCCGAAAAUCCCGUAGUACGUGCCUCGAGAUUAUUGACAGAUAAAGUGUCGGAUAUUGUUGGUGGUCUCUUUCAGAAAACUGAAUUAUCCGAGACAUUAACGGAAAUUUGUAAAAUUGAUCCAAGUUUUGAUAAAGUCAAAUUCAUCAGAGAUUGUGAAACCGAUAUUAUUCCUAACGUACUCGAAGCCAUGAUUCGAGGUGACCUCGAAAUUUUAAAAGAUUGGUGUCAUGAAGCUCCUUACAAUGUCAUUGCUCAACCUCUACAGCAGGCAAUGAAAUUAGGUUAUCGUUUAGAUAGUAAAAUUUUAGACAUUGACAACGUCGACUUACUGAUGGGAAAGGUAAUGGAGCAAGGCCCAGUACUUGCCAUUAGUUUCACCUCGCAGCAGAUAAUGUGCAUGCGAGAUGCCAAAGGAAACGUAGUCGAAGGUGACCCAGAAAAAGUUAUGCGAGUGAAUUAUGUUUGGGUCUUGUGUAGAGAUCCUAUGGAACUCAAUCCAAAGGCAGCGUGGCGGUUACUUGAGAUUGGCGCCAACAGUAGCGAACAAUUUGUCUAAAAAGAAAGGAACAACAAAAUUUCUGUGAAAUUUUUUUAUUCUUUCUUCUAUCAAGUUGAGAAACGGAAUGCUAUUCCGUUCAUCUUAUGUUCUGCGUGAUAGACAAAAUAUAGUAAAGACGUGUACGCAGCGGUUUACCAAUUUGACAAAUGUUUUUUUUUCUUAUUCGCGUGUCAAUCUUUUUUUCGAUUGUUCACAGUUUCUACUUCGGUAUAUAUAAAUUUCAUUUAUAAUACAUCAUAAUUAAAAAAUGCUUUAGAUACUGUGGAGUCUUAAAAAUUUCAUCACACAUUUAUGAAAGGAAUCGUUUGCUGUAAAGCUUGAUCUUAUAAGACGAGAAAGAGCUUGAAACGCUAUUAUGUUUGAAUGUUGUUGACUAAUGAACUAAGGCGAAACUGUAAAUGGAAAUGUAAUAAGUGAUACGUUUGCAAAAGGCAUUUGAAUUAUUGUUACAUAUGUAUAUAAUAAUAUAUAUUUACAUCUUCAUAAGGCUAACGCUUUGAACGUAAAUCAUUACGUCUGAUGGAUGUAUAAUUAGGCAUACAGAGUUUUCUUUGUAAUUACAUACUUUUUUUUUAUAAAAAAUAAAUUGUAAGGUCGAUUUCUCAGGCCACCUGAAUAUUUCGACCGUGUAUUUAUAGAAUUUUUGUACAGCUUGCCUAUUUUAUCAUUUUCUCGAAGUUCCUUGCUUCAGCCAAUGUUGCCAAAUAAUUAUUGAGCUUCAUGUAAUUGUAGGCGUAAUAAAAUAUUUGGCAAGAUUUGUUUAUGAAAAAGUAAUUACUUUUUAUCAAAAUAAACAAAAAUCCUUUUAUAAAGUAAAAAUUCUUUUUCAGUCGUACAAAAAAAGUUAUCUUUUUUCGAAACAAACAUGUAAUAUUUCUUUUUCUGUAGCGUCAUAAUCAAUAUAGCAGUGAAACCAUCUUUCUCAUUAGAUAAUGUCUGAUACGUGAUAUAUCUUUAAAGAUAACGUUUACUCGCAUUUUUAUUUCAAAACAUUUUAUUCACGUUAUCAGUAGAAAGUCUCCUGGCGAUAUGUUCUCGGAGACGACGUUUACCCGUUGAUGUUUUACGGGUACUUUUGCGUAAAGCCGACCUAACGAC